UUCGCGGCCGACAUAUUAAUGACAUGGCUCAGUGUCGUAAAUCGUGUGUGAGUGGUCUUGCUUGUGUAACUAAAAAACCGCUAUUUUAGACUAAAAAAGCAGUAUAAUCGAAUCUACACCUACAAAAAAGCAACCAAAACAGAAAAUCAAACCACAACUCAUCCAUAUUGUUUCUUAAAAAAAUCCACAAUUUAAAAACGGAAUUCAACACCGGGAAGUUAAUACUCAAAAAAUCUUCAAGAUCAUUCAUCAAAUAGUGUUAUCGAAAAAAGCCUUAAAAAAAGUAAAACAAGAAGAAAAUUAAUUCGUAAUGCAAUUGUGAUCUCCAAGUUUAUUUUUUCGCACUCUUUCUUUUUUUGUUUGUUUGAGAACCAACAGUUUAAAACCCCAAGAACAUUAUUGUGUUAACUCACACACCAGCCAGCAAAAAGGAAACUUAGAAAAAAAAACAAGUAUUGAACGCGGUACGCGCAGUGACCCGGAAGUUAUAACAAAACAACUCAGCACGCAUUUACGACAUUAAUCGGGAGCGAAAUUAACAAACAAACUAAAACAACAGUAACAAGUAAAAAAAAAAAGAUCAAGAAACAACCAAAAAACCACGAAAACCACCAGACACAAAACAGCCUGCCUGAACUAAAAAAAAAAUCAACGUCAAACAUCAACCAACAUCAGCAACAAAUUAAAAAAAAAAAAAACAAAAGUAAAUAAAAAAUUAGUAGUGAAUCAAAAGUUAGCGCAACAAAACGGCCAACCGGGCUAGAACGCGCGCGCAUCAGUCGUCGUUCGGGGAACUCGGAAAGCCGGAGCAGCUGGCCAGCGGCCGCCGCGGAGCGGACCUGGGACAAGGACCUGGUAAUCACCGGAACAAGUCACUAGUCUCAGUGUUUGUGUGUGUGAUUGUGUUUCCGUUCGACGCCCGUUGCCAGAUUGUGCUAGAAGAAGCGGAAGAAUAACAAACAAACAAAAAACUAGAAAGACUCCAACAGUAAGUAGGACGGGAUUUAAAAGUGAAUAAAAAACACCAAAACAACCUUUUUGAAAGCAAGCGAGAGAGCGGUAGAGAGCGAGAAAGUGAAGAGCAAGAGUGUGAACAACGCGCGCGACUUUGUAAACACCGUAAAACUAAAGCCAAAUAACGCAAAGCUACAAGUAUUGUUCUAGAUUGAUUUUCGUCGAAGUCCUUACUGCACUAAAUAUCAAACGUAUAUAUGUAGGGUAGUGUGUGGUACUACAAUUAUUACUAUUGCUACUACUCUCGCACGUUAGUUUCUUGUGUUUGUUCUGAUUGAAAAUAAUAAAAAUAAAAAAAUCUGGAGAUCUUGGACAGCAAACCAAACGGACACGAUUGUUUAGUUUCGUUUCGGAAAAUAGAAGAAAACAAGUUUCAACCAUCGCCAUCAUAAAAAAAAAAGAAAACUGAAGCAAAAGUGUCAUCAUCUUCACACAAGUCUGACGAACAGUUUUGACAACAACAGCAACAACAAAAACUACGAACCGGAAAUCAACUCUAGUGGACAAUAGUGAUAACAAAAACAAACAGCAAAAAUAAUAUCUCCCGAGAAAAUAGAAGAAAAACUACAACCAAGUACAAAGUAUCACAUGAAACAAGAAAACCUUUCAAGGGAAAAGCAAACAACACAUUUCGUUAAGUUAAUUUAUUAAUUUUGUUUAUGACUAAAAAAACUAUUAGUGCGCGUCUAAGUUAGAGGAAAAAAUCUUCGACGAGAAAAAAAACGGGAGUGGUUUAAGAAGAGGAAACAAAAAGACCACUGGAAGUUAUUUUGGGAGCGUCGAAAGUGCGAAGAAAAAGUGGCGAACCGUUUUAUAGUAGCAAAACAGAAAAAAACAACAUCAACAACAAGGUGGACGAACAUUAUAGGAAAUAUUUAACAAAUCUAAAAGUCUAAAGCGGAAAACAAAAGAGAAAUUUAAAAUUCUGAAGUAAAAAAAGAAUACAAAUAAAACCAUUCUGUGAUAAAAUUUAAAAAAUAAACAAGUAAACAAAAGUAAGCGUACCGUUUAUUGAUGCAAAACUAAGUUUAAGAGCUAAGAAAGUAAGUGAAAACCCCCCGCGCCCUGCAAAGGGUGCACAACAAACAAAAAAAAAACACUCACACACACAGACAGACGAAGAAACGCCGAAGAAAGCAACAAACGAAACAAAAGAACACUUCCUACCGCAACCGGGUGUGAAUUUGGAAACGCUAAAAGACUAAGCAACUUGCAAAGUGAACAACAACUAAACUGUGAACGCGCAGACAGUGGAUUCCUUGUUUUGCGAAACUCGUUUAGAAAUUAGUUGCCGAAAACAACCCACACACACAACACACACUUUGUGUUGUAGCUUUUAUUUAUCGAAUUUCCUCUUGUUUUUACACCGUAAACGACGAUAACUAGCUGUCUAAGUUGAGUUUUUAAGUUUAUUUUCUUCGUGCAAGACGAGGAAGAGAAAAAGUAAAGUAAACGAAGCUGUUUUAUUCUUUAAAAUAAAGUGAAAAAAAUCGGGAGAGACGAACGUUCUUCAAAGAAGAAGUUAAACACAUUUGAUUAUAUUAUUGAAAUUAUUAAUAAUCGGGACGGUAGUGAAACCAUCAAUAGACAAAAAUCCAUCUAGUUAAGUGCGGAAUCGAGCAAAAGGAAUAACAUAAAAUCAACUUUGGUGUGCUUUUUGUGGUAAUCAUUAAAAUCGUUCUAAGAAAACUAGAGGAAAAAGUUCACGUCGAAACGAACUAGAACACUGCAAGUUUCAUUUGACGGAGAAGAAGAAAACAAGUAAAGUAUCCGAUAAGGCUGAUUUGUGAAUAUAGAAACCAAAUUCAAAUAUUAUUAAUUAGUGAAAAAAGGAAGCAAGUUAAGCAAAACAACAACAACAACAAAAAACUCAUCAACUCUUUUUUUUUCUGUUCGCGUCAAAGGCGAUAAGCAAUCGCUGAAGCUGAAAACUCAAAAAAACAUCCAGUACCGGUAGUGUGAACACUUGAGGAAAAGCACGAAAAAAGGAAUACGACGAGACGAGAGCACGACAAGAUUCGUCAAUUUGUGACCACACCAGCAACCGUGGACAUCCUGUCGCGCCCGGCAAGACUUCCGGCUCGUGCAGUAGUUCCGGCACCGGAGACGACGACGUCGCACUUUGCGCUAACCAUGGGCAGCCAGACGAAGCCAUUCCGCUCCGCUGACGCGCCUUUCCUGGACUACGCCGAGUACGGCCAGCGCGACAUGUUCUUCAACGGUGGCGGCCAGCAGCAGCAGCAGCAGGGCAACCCGCCGUCGGUGUCGCGUCCGCCCAUGUCCGCCCCGUCGAACUCGUUCCCGCCGAUCGGGACGUUUACGCUGGAAUCGACCACGGGUGGGUCCGGCCAGCAGGGAGGUGCUGGCGGCGCCGGCAACAACGUCUUUGGCGGCGGCGGUGACUCGAUGGGGAGUGGCCCGAUCGGAGUGUUUAACGCCAGCUCGAUGGGCAUGGGCGGCGGAAUGGGUGGGAAUGGCGGAGGGAAUGGGCCGAACGGUGGGGGCAGUUCGGGGAACUCGUACGGGAACAAUAGCAGCAGCAGCGGUGGUGGCGGUCAGUCGAAUAGCAACGGGGAUGCUAACAAUCAGGGCACCCGCGAGACCGGAAUCAUCGAGAAGCUGUUGCAUUCGUACGGGUUUAUCCAGUGCUGCGAGCGCCAGGCUCGGCUGUUUUUCCACUUUUCCCAGUUUGGGGGCACCAUCGAGCAUCUGAAGAUUGGCGACCCGGUUGAGUUCGAGAUGACGUACGAUCGUCGCACGGGGAAGCCCAUCGCUAGCCAGGUGACGAAGAUUGCGCCGGAGGUGGUCCUGUCGGAGGAGCGCGUCACCGGGACGGUUACCACCGAGCUGAAGACGGAGCUGUCGUUGGCGAGUUCGAGCGACACCACGACCGGCCGGAUUAGCUAUGAGAACCGGGGCGAGUGCUUCUUCCUUCCUUAUACCAAAGACGACGUCGAGGGGAACGUCACGCUGAGGGCUGGCGACAAGGUCAGCUUUCAGAUUGCCACCAAUCAACGGGGCAACUUGGGAGCCUGCCAUAUCCGGCUGGAGAAUCCUGCCCAUCCGGUGAAGUACCGCGGGGUGGUCUGCUCGAUGAAGGACACGUUCGGGUUUAUUGAGCGUGCCGAUGUGGUGAAGGAGAUCUUCUUCCACUUUUCCGAGACGGACAACACCAUCGAGUUGCGCCCGGGUGACGACGUGGAGUUCAUCAUCCAGACGAGAAAUGGCAAAGAGGUCGCAUGCAACAUUGCCCGCCUGCCGCCGGGCUCGGUCAUCUUCGAGGACGUCGACUCGACGAUCUACAAGGGCCAGGUGCUCAAGUCGCUCGACCGGAACAACCAGCUGCGCCAACAGAACAACGAUCCGCUACCGGGACGAAUUAGAUAUAGGGCUGCCGACCAUUCGGAGGUAGAAGUGCCAUUCGGCGACAAGGACCAGAAGGGUGACUUUACCCUACGCCACGGCGACUGGGUGCAGUUCCUGCUGGCGACCGAUCGCCGCGACCAGCUGCAGCGGGCCACCUCGAUCUCGCUGCUGGACGAGACGUUCCAGGUGUCGGGCGAGAAGCGCGAACAGGGCGUCGUCGCGUCGCUCAAGGAGGGCUUCGGCUUUCUGCGCUGCGUCGAGCGUAACAUAAGACUGUUUUUCCACUUUACGGAGGUGUUGGACACGAGCCGUGAGAUCUGCGUCGACGACGAGGUCGAGUUCACCGUCAUCCAGGAUCCGGGCUCGAGCUUCGCCAACACGCGCCAGAGCGCGAUCCGCAUCAAGCACCUGCCGGCGGACACGGUCAAGUUCGAGACGCUGAUCGAGUCGAACGUCGAGGGCGUCGUGUCGCGUGAGGCCCCCAAAUCGCCGAUCAAGAGCCAGGAGCGCACCGAGGGUGGCGUCAUCUCGUACGGGCCGGGUCCAACCAAAAAGACUAUUAUGUAUUUCUUGAAAGAUUGUGAUAAAGCACCGCGCGUGGGUGAUAAAGUUAGAUUCAAUAUCUGUCAGGUUAAACGUAACAAAGAGCUGAUUGCCACCAACAUUCAAGAGAUCACCAACAACCCCCAUCAGCUGCAGCAGCAAACUUCGCUGAACGCCGGCGAGUCCCCGCAGCAGCAGCAGCAACAACUUCUUCAGCAGCAGGUUUCGCUGCAGAACAUGCAAGCGCCGCACUCGCCGAGCAUGAACAACGGCAACCGCACCAUCGGCGCCAGCAACGCCAUGAAGGCCAACUACGCCAACGGCAACAUCGGCAAGGCCGCCAAGAUCCACCACGGUUUCAUCGCGGUUCUGAAGGAAAACUUUGGCUUCAUCGAAACCAUCGAGCACGACCAGGAGGUGUUCUUCCACUUUAGCAACUUUAUCGGCAACACGUCCGCGCUAGAGCUGGGCCACGAGGUCGAGUACUCGCUGUCGACGCGCAGUGCCGUCAACGCGGGCAACUGCAUCCCGGCCGAGAACGUCAAGAUCAUCCCGAAGGGUAGCAUCCCGCAGCCGAAGGUGCUGCCGGCCGUGUACAGUGGCGUCGUGCUGCGCCCGCUGCGUUGCAUCAACCCGGACCAGCUCGAGUACUGCGGGCUGGUGCAGGUGCGCAACGAGGCCGGGGACGGGCUGUCGACGCACGAGUUUGGCAUCACCAGCCUGAAGAACAAGCGCGACCUGCUGCAGAAGGACGACGUCGUCACGUUCAAGGUCGACGAUCAGAACCGUGCGGUGGAGGUCACAUCGAUCCGUACUAAGAAGCAAGCCAAGGUCGACUCCGUCAAGGGUCUGUUCGGCUUUCUGGACUUUGAGGUCGAGGAGGGAAAGAAGCUCUUCUUCCACAUGUCCGAGGUGCAGGGCGGGGGCAGCCUCUACCCGGGCGACUCGGUCGAGUUCUCGAUCGUCACAAACCAGCGCAACGGCAAGACGUCCGCCUGCAACAUGAUCAAGGUGCCGGACGUGAACGGAAUGCGCGCCGAGCGGCUGCUGUCGCGCAUCAAGCUCAACUCGGUCGACGACAGCGGGCCGCGCCUGACGGUGAUUCGGGCCCCGAAGGGACCGGACGGUACAAAAGGCUUCCAAUUUUCAGUCAGAGCUCCACGUUUAGUUGGAAUUUGCUUGGAAUAAACACUACACUAUUAUUAAUGAAUAAUAAUGCUAUUUUUUGUUUUAUUUUUGUAAUGAUUUAUUAUUUAAAUUAUUUAAACCAAUCUUUUUUAUCGCAACUAUAUAUUAUUGUGAAACUGUAAACGCUAAGUGAUUAUUAUUUAUAAACAAAAGUAAAACAAAGCUAAGCAACACAUAAACUAAAAACAAACAAAUAAGAAAUGAAACAAUAUGCCGCAUAUAUACAAAGAAACAAACAAAAAAAACUAGGCAAAAACAAUAAUGAAAUGGAAAGCAACACAAUAAAGAUAACACAUAAACAAAACACAAGCAAGAAAGCAAAGAAAAACAAAGGUAGGAAAACUGUACGCAUCGCUAGCAAAGAAAGAGAGCAUAAAACUGUUUGAACGAGGAAAAUCGCGAAAACGCGCGCGCGCGCGUCUUCUUUUUAGUAACAAAAGAAUCACAAAAGUAAUAGUUUACUCUCUCUCUCUACACCAAGCAGAAGAAGAAGAAGAAUGUAUAAUCAAAAGUCGGACGAAACAAAAAUCGCGCUUGUUUUGUUGCGCCUCAACACACUUACACCACACUCACACACAGAUGCAAUGAAACGUUUUGUUUUUUUUAUUAUAACUAUUUGUUUUGUUUACAUUUUUUCGGUUCUCAAUUGUGAAACAAGUGAGAGAAGGCAAAAUUAUACAAACACACACAACGCGCGUAGGAGGAACGUAAAAAUGAAGUAACAAGAAACAUUUUCAUUGAACGUAACGUAACGAAACAAAGAAGAAGCACACACACACACAUUAUUCACUGUUUACCUAUUGUAACAAGAUUGUGCCGUUGUAACCUGUAACUGUAUCAGACAAAAGCAAAAACACGAAAAAGAAAAGAAGGAAACUGAUUUGUUAUGGAUAUUGUUUCUAAAACAGACGCGCUCCGGUUCGUCAAACCUAAAUUCACGAACAGCGCUCGCGCGCGCGCGUGCCAAGAAUAUCCUUUUUACGAAUAUUCUUUAUGAAGAGCAGUGUUUGUGCGUAUAUUAUUUUUACAAAACAAAACAAAAAAAAAAACAAACCCACUCGUGUUGGUCUUUUUAAAAUAUAUAUACAUAUAUACAAUGAAUUGUAUUUCGUUUCGUCAGCUGUAUCAGUUAGAGAAAGGUUGAUUUCUUUCGUUUGCGCGCGCGAUUGGUUCACUAGAAUUGAAACAAACAAAAAAAAAAACACGAGAUGAAAGCAAGAAACAUUCGCGGAAAACAACAAAAAAAACAUGCAAACACGGUGAAAUUAAAACAUAGUAAAAGCAAGCAAACAAAACAAAUAUUAGAGUUAUAUUAUUAACGCAACCAUUAAGACAUGAAUCUAAUUCAUCGCUCUUCGCUAAUUAUUGUCACACACACAGAAAGAGAAAAGGAAGGUGAA